AUAUAAAUAAAUAUUUGUUAAUAGUAAAUAUAUUUACUAGGUAUAAAGAAAUGGAACCUUGAAACAGAUAAUGACUUGUUACAUAAGUUUAUUUUAUCGCUUUAUUAUAACUUAUCAAUAACAACAAGCAAUCAUUUUGAUAAUGAUCCACUCCUAUUAGAGAUGCACUGUUGAUAUCACUUGCUUGCUCGUAGUCGCUAUAGGUCUAAUAAUCUAAUGUAGUGUAAGCCAAUGAUAUUUACACACAGUCUAUUAUCGUAUAGUAUCUACAAUGGAAUCAAUUAAUUUUGAUAAAUUAAAUUUAAAAGAAUUCAAAUGGCUUAACGAACCGAAAGUAUGGUGUUUGGAAAGUAAUUCUGUUGUUCAAGUAACGACGGAUGAUAAAACAGAUUUCUGGCAGGGAACAUGGUAUAAUUUUCAUUUUAACACAGGCCACGUGUUCGGUGUAGAGAUCAAGGACGACUUUACAUUUGAAGUUUGCGUCGAAGCUGAUUUUACAACACUUUAUGACCAAGCUGGUUUGAUGAUAUAUGUAGACGAAAAACAUUGGCUGAAAACAGGAAUUGAAUACAACGAUGGACAACCCAUGAUUAGUAGUGUCCUCACAAAACAAACAUCCGAUUGGGCCACAGGUCUUUUUAUGGGCGAUCCUCGAAAAUUCUGGAUGCGUCUCACAAAAACUAGAGAUGUAGUUUGUGUUAAGUAUUCAAAUGACAAUGUCACUUGGAACCUAUUGCGUCUCUGUCAGUUUCCCGAAGGCAAAUAUUUUGUGGGGCCAAUGUGUUGCAGCCCACAAAGGGCAGGCUUGGUGGUGAAGUUUAGUCAGUUUUCUAUCACAAAACCGGCCGAAGAUAUUCUUCAUUCGAAUUAAUUUAACUAUGGCUUUUUAUAUAAAUAAAUUAUUUUUAUCCAAAAUGCAUUUUUUAUUGGCAAUCAAUUUUGCCUCUUUCUAACUCAAACGGUGCUGUU